AUGGGCUCGUUCCAACAGCCAGACUUCGUUGCUCCAUCGGAUUGGGAUUACGGCAUUGCACAGAAUUAUGCACCUGGAUACGUCGACGACGCGAUGGCACGACAGUCUGGCUUCGGCUUCGGUUCCGCCAGCGACAUGAGUACAGGGUCGAACAUGGUUUACGUUAGCCACGGUUACGGGCCGCAGAGCAGCACAGCGGCUACGUUCCAUCUGCCCAACGGAUCUGCGAGUGUGAGAAGGCAUGCGAGCUCGCAAAGAUCAACCACUUCCAUCGAGGGGGACGAAGAUAAGCCAUCCAGACGCAUAAAACGAACCAGAACGGUAGGUGGAUGA